AUGGCGACCUCCUUGAUCGGUGCGAGAAUCUUAAGUUGGACUGUUUCAAGAUCCGUGGUACUGUUUUCGAAAUUCAUAUUAUUUAGCUGAUUUUUCUUCUCUUAAAACCUAAUUGAGUGGCUUGUGUUGUACUCAAUUGUUCUUUUAGGGCUGGAAUUUGACCAGAAAAUCAUUGUCUAGUUUCUCUGGAUUACACGUGGGUAUCCUUAAGCUAAUUUAAUACAUGUGCUAUCUACGUUGCUUUUAGAAUCGUUUUAGCUUAUUCGAGCUGCCCUCCGAGAACAAAUAUUCGCUGGAUUUUAAAUCAUUUCAUUCAGAUUUCUUCAGGUUUUAUCCACGGUAAAUCACUGACAUUAAAAGAGAUUAAAAGGUUUCAUAAGACUAGGCUGAUGAUGUCAUAAGUUUUUUUGCGCCAUCAUUAUGACGAGUAAAAAUCUGCAUUGGUAGUUUUGUCAUUUCAUUUUUGUAUUGUGGGAAAAGUAGCUGUAUUGUCCUCACGUAAGAGUUAUUUCUUUUAAGUGAAAGAGGAGAUUUAUAUAAUGCUGUCGUCCUAUUUGUCCAAAAAAGUGGGUGUGAAGGGGGUGUACAUGUAUGUUAAAAUGUUUAGCCCACUCUAAAUAAACUGACCAGAGAAAUACAAUAUUUUAAGAACGCUUGUGUUAUACCAGAGGAUGACCAAUUCAAGUUGAAAUUCUUAAAGAAUCUGUGAAUUGCUCAAUCAACAAGUUUAGAUUUCCUCAACAUUGUUAUUAAAAAAUUAAAACAGCAUUUUUCAUUUUUUAAAAUUUGAUUUGUAGGAAGUAGUAAUUGUUAGUGCUGUGCGAACACCAAUAGGAUCAUUUAGAAGUUCGCUAUGCAGAGUAACUGCACCUAGGCUUGGAGCAAUCGCUGUUAAGGCUGCAAUUGAAAAAGCAGGUAUUGUCAUCUGUGUUGUGUACUAUGAAUUUGUGGUUAAUUUGCCCAGAACAAGCUUUCCUUCAACUUUUUUUGUCCUGUGGACAGUCAUCAGCACCAUGCUGUGUGUCUACUUUGUCAUGAUGAAAAAACUAAUAAAUAACCUUAAGGUUUGAGGAUGGUGUAAAGAUUUUUUUGAAGAAAAAGGGAGUAGCUGUUAAUUCUGACACAGAUUUUAUCAUGAGUCCUUCAGAUAACAAAGCAGUUAAGAGCCCCUCCAGUUUACUAGCAUUUUCUUCUUACAUUUAUAUAACUAAAAUACCGUAUUUAUGAUACCUCGAAAUCAAAAACCCAUCAAGCAGACAGUUCAAUAUGGUGACCAAAUGUUUUCUUCUGGUUUCCAUCUGAUAACUGAACGAAAAAGUGAAUUUCAAGCCCUGAUGAUUGGGUUUUUCCUUACAGCAAAAUAACAUUCCAGGCAUAUUUCUGGUACAUAUAUACAUGGUUCUUUGAGUUUCUUAGUAUUAUGACCUAUUGAAAUUGAUAAUUAUGCUGAGUUGCCAUGUAAUAAUCCAGGUAUUACCCCAGAGGAUGUACAGGAAGUAUAUAUGGGAAAUGUCAUUACUGCUGGGGAAGGACAAGCUCCGACGAGACAGGUGGCACUUGGUGCAGGUACUGACAAGAUUGAAAAUAACUAAUGUUUUAGUGAAUUAGAAAUUUAUAGUGUACCGGUAUUAAUUCUUCAAUUUACAAAUACAAAUCUCUAAUUCAGGCCAUACAGGCUAUUAUGAUUGUAAAUCAUACCAAUAGGCCUAGUACCAUUUUUAGGACAGUUUACCCUUCAUACACUGCACAGUGUAGUCUUUCUCCAGUGUAUUACCGUAAAAUUCCGAAAAUAAGCCCCUCCAUGUAUAAGCCCCUCCAAAUAUAAGCCCCCAAAACUGGUAACGCAAAAAACCCUCCGUUAAAUCGCCCCUCCAAAUAUAAGCCCCCCGGGGGCUUGUACUUGGAAAAUUGCCCUAAAAUACAAUGUAAAACAAAGAAAAAAUGGUAAAUUUACUUCCAACUAUAAGGCUAGCCUUAUCUAGUUUGAAAUGCAAAUUUCCCUCUGUAGAUAAGCCCCUCAAAAAGGGCCUUUGAAAAAUAUAAGCCCCAGGGCUUAUUUUCGGAAUUUUACGGUAUGUUAGUGUUAUUGAAGAUCAAUGAACAUUGACCAAUGCAUAUUCAGUUAAGUCUGAAGAAGACUCAAUCAUUCUAACUGACGCAGAUGUACAUUAUGAAGCCAGUAUUGCUGCAAGACCUGAGAGAGCAAUGCAUAUUUUCCAGAAUUGAAAAUAUUUUCAUGCUGCAUCUAUUAAUUUUUCUUUGUCAUAACCAGGUUUACCCGUAUCAACACCUUGUACAACAAUCAACAAAGUCUGUGCAUCUGGGAUGAAGUCCAUCAUGAUGGCCGCUCAAAGUCUUGCUUGUGGAAGUCAGGUCUGUUAAUUAACUUAAUUGCAUUGUUGUUGCUGGCUUGGUCAUACCCUGCAGCAUAAUGAUCUUGUCCCAUUAGUUAUUGAGGGGAGAAUAACAGGAAAGAGGCUACCUGGAAGACAUCCAUCAGCCGGAAUGCUGGAUAGAGUGAAGGAUGGGUGCCCUAAGUUAGCGGUCAAGAGGUACACCUUAGAUCAGGAACUAUAAGGAAGGACCUGCCUAUGGUAGAAACUAGAAUACACACACACAUAUUGUUGUUGUUUACACUUUGACUUGACUAUGUAUAUGUAACACAUGUACAUUAUCAUAUUGUAUGCUUUAACUUGCAUUCGUUGAGUUCUGGUGACUUGUCUGUUAUUUUGUCAUCUGAAAUUAAGAAUGCAAAAGAAAAAGGCAAACAAAACAUAACUUCAUUGAAAGCUUGUUCUUUUAAAGAGCUUUCCUCUUGUUUAUUGCCUUACAUAUAACCUUACUUACCGGUACUGUUUUGCUCUUGGUACAGUAUAUUACCUUAAUGUGAUAUACUGUAAAUGAUAUACCGGUAUUCUAUUUGGUUUUACAGUACAGUGCACCAAACAAAAUGAGCAAUUUUCACUUUAUAUUAUGUUUAGGAUGAAAUGAAAUGAAUUAUUGGCAUCUAUGCAUAUGUUUGUAAUUUUUCCUGGAUAUGCUUCGAGGAAUUAGUACCAUCAUAAAUAUUUUCCUGGCCCCAGUUGUUCAAAAGGUGGAUAGCACUAUCCACUGGAUAGCGCAGUUGGUUUCCCUAAUACUUAUCCGGUGGAUAGUGAUUUAUUCUGUGUAUAGCACUAUCCAACUUUUGAACAACUGGGGCCUGAAAUAUACCUCAUCAAGCAAAACACAAGAACAUGGAUUAUUUUACAGGUAUAAUCUUGAUAGAUUAGGGUAUGUUGAAGUCACCAAAGAACACACUACAAACAAAAUUUUUAUGUUAAAAUUAAUGUUAAAUUGCACAUGAUUUUCAUGUUAAGUGUAGUACAAUAUAAACCCGAGAAUGAAUCUUAGUUUGUUGGAAAUAAUACUUUAUCUUUUUUUGCCAGGAAGUGAUGGUUGCAGGUGGCAUGGAAAGUAUGUCAAAUGUACCUUUUAUGGUUAGCAGAGAUGCACCAGCAUAUGGUGGCCACAAAAUGGAAGUAGGUACAGAAUGAUCAAGGAAAAUUAAAGGCCCUUUUUGAGGGGCUUAUUUUUGGAGGGGCUUAUAUUCGGAGGGGCUUAUCUAUGGAAGGAUAUUUGCGUUUCAAAAUUGACUGGGCUAGCCUUAUUGUUGGAAGUAAAUUUACCGUUUUAGCUUUGUUUUACUUUGUAUUUGAGGGCGAUUUUCCAAGAACAAGCCCCCGGGGAGCUUAUAUUUGGAGGAGCGAUUUAACAGAGGGUUUUUUGCGUCACCGGUUAGCGGGGCUUUUAUUUGGAGGGGCUUAUACAUGGAGGGGCUUAUUUUCGGAAUUUUACCGUAUUUUAACAGGUUACUUAUACAGGUCAUAGUACAAACAGUAAUUAACCACUCCCAAGGGAGAAAGUCAAAAUACAAACAUCUUGAUUGUUCCUGUUAUGUAAUGCACAUGUAUCUCAGAAUCAUAUAUAUGUAUUAUUUAUCAAAAAUCAUAAUUUUUGUGAAAGGUGAGCUCCUCAUGAAGAUGAAUAGAGCGUUUUACUUUUUUGUUUCUCCUUUAACAUGCAACUUGAUUUUCAAGUUACAAAUCUGAAGCUGAUGUUACAGUUGUAAGCAUUUCAAGAUCAUCCUUUAAAGGAAAGGCAUUAAAGUACAAAAAAAAAUAAUUGUUAUCCCUCCGCAGGAUGGAAUUGUGAAAGAUGGAUUGUGGGAUGUUUAUAACCAAAUUCAUAUGGUAAGUUAUGGAUUGUCAUGUCUGCAUUAGAACACAGUCAACUCCUUUUUUGCAGACAGUUUAGUGUCUUCGAUUGAGAGAAAAUCUGAAAUUGCAGUAUUACAUUUAAAUUAAGUGUGUGCAUAUUUUUUGAUGGGGAUUUGGCUGCAGCCCAUCUUUUGGGGUUGUCCUUGAAGUUUAUAUGACAGAAUUUUUUCAUUGGCUUGGUAGAACUUACAGUCUGUUGUGAUACAGACUGUAAGGAUGGCAAAAAAAUUUUUGACGUUGAUUUUUUCCUGUGUUCUGAUGAACCAAAAAUGUGAAAUUUCAAUUCCAGUGGAGCAAAAAACUGAGCAACUGAAAACCUGAGACUGGGAAUAGACUGUGACAUUCUUUUAGGACAUAUUCUGUUUCACUGCAAGCAACAACGACUGGAAAAUUUGCUUGCCACGAAACAGAAUGUCCUAAAAUGAAGUCAAAAUCAUUCCAGUGUCCUAAAUUUGCAUGGUUUUGUACCCAAUAGAAAGAGUUAUCAAUUUUUCUUUUCAUUCGUUAAAACAUGGGAAAGAAAAAUCAAUAACUAAAAAAAUUUGCUGUACUUAUUAGGCGCCCGUUUCUGGAAAGUCCCGAUAACUUUUCGGGCCCGAAGAGCUCUUUCAUGUUUGCCGUGUUUGCAUUCAAGAUCAAAGUUUCAAUAAUUUUGAAAAUAAUACAAUGAAACUAUCAGUUAACAAAGCAAAAUUGACCGGUUUAUGAGCUACGAAUUGUGCUACCAUUCAAAAGGUUUUGAUUUAAAAAUUUGCCUUUGAACCCGAAAAGUUACCAGUCCUUUCGAGAAACCGGCCCCAGGACUCUGUAGAUUCUACAUGUACAGUGUAUCAAGGCAAUGAAAAAAUUCUGUCACAUACACUUCAAUAACAAGGUACAGCUGUAUCUGCAAGGCAAGUGUUGACUGUGAUUAUAUUAUUACUAUUGUUAUUGUGAUAAUACUUUAUGUUAUCAGCUGGCUCUGUACCAUAAUCUUUGAUAUUUUAUAACUUAAGUUGUACAGUGAAUUAUUUAAAAAUUAAUUUUGAUCUCUCAAUUAUGUAUGUGUUUAUAAAUAAUGUUAUGUUUUACAAUUUUUUUCUCAUGGAUAUGGUUUGUAUUCAGGGUAACUGUGCAGAAAAUACAGCAGCAAAGCUUGAAAUUAGCCGCGAAGACCAAGAUGAAUUUGCUAUUAGUUCUUAUAAAAAGACAGCAGCAGCAUGGCAGGUGAGCUGUUGCAAGCCCAUUUUCAAUUUUGAUGUAUUGCGAACACCCACACUCUAAUAAGUGCCCUCCCCCAAUUAAGCACCUGCCUCCCGGGGCCAAAAUAUCGAACAAGCGCCCCUCUCAAGUGUACCCCCCUCCCCCUCCCUUCAAUUUAUUAAGUUGUAGGUAUGUACAGCUGUACAAGGAAAGCCUGUUUCUAUACUGCCCCUUAAUUCAUAAUUUUUUCAGCUUCAACUUCAACAUUUUUAUUUUACAUGUAUACUGACACAUCUGUGAGUAAAGAUUACUGUAUAGUGAGACUAUGGUAUGCUUGAUCACCAACAGGAGCAAAACUUAACUAAGUGUCUCCCUCAAUUUACCACUUUCCUUCCAACAAGCAACCCUCCUUUUAGCCAAAAUUUUAGCUAAGUGCUCGGGUACUUAUUCGAGGAAGUACAGUACACCUUAUGUUGCUGUAAGAAGUUAUUUAUAAUAGAUCAUGACUUGCUCCUCAUAAAAAAGUAAUAGAUUAUUGAGUUCAGUGUGAGAAAAGAGAAAACUGAACAGUAUAAUCAAGAGUGUUGGUGACAUGUACAUCUAAGAGUGACUGAACAAGAGGAGUUUAGCUGACUCAAGUUUUUCAAGAUAGUUUUCUAAUUCUAGACUUACGAAGUGUGAAUAUAUGAAUAAUAGAUCUGGAGCCUUUUGGUUGGUUUUCUAAUGGAUCCAAACAUUUUUAUCAUAGUAAUAAGUUGUUUUAUUCACUCUUUAAGGAAGGCAAGUUCAGCAAUGAAAUUAUUCCUGUUUCAGUCCCGCAGAGAAAAGGUUUGUACAGAGGCUUUUUUUCCCUCAAGUACAUUAUGGGUUGCAAUAACAAUAUAAUGGUAGCUUUGUUACCCUGAUCAAUCACAAUAAUAUAUUAACCCUUCUAAACCCCAAUAUCAACAUACAAAUACUUCGGGCUGAUCUCCAAACAUUUCCUCAACGAUUAGUUGAGAGAAUCUGAUGAAAGAUCAAAGCAUUUUUCUGCAUUGGUCAUUUGAAAAUUUCUCAUAACUUUUUCUCUAAAUGAUCAAUAAGUGUUUUUAGGAGAAAAUUGAUGUUGGUCACUCUUGGGACUUGCCCCCUGUAUUAGAUAACCCAAGACAGUCUAUUAGACUCUGGAUUCCAUACUGUGGAUUUCCGGUUCUGGGACUGUACUGGAUUCUGUAUCCCUUAUCAGUGGAACUUGGAUUCUCAAUUCCAAUAAUUAGCAGGAUUCCAAAUUUUUUAAGCUGUAUUCCGGAUUCCACAAGAAAAAUUUUUUUUACUGCAUUCCAAAAACCGGAUUACCUUACUUGGGGCAAUCAACUGCUUAUGGGUUCAAAUCCAGUUGAAGUCCUGAAUUUUUGAAUUUUUUCCUGAACAUUCAGGCGGGCAUGGCGAAACGAAAAGAGAGCCCAAUUUCAGCGGCAGCCAUUAGAGAGAAUGUAUGAGAACCGCUCAAAUUGGGCCUGAUCUCAGGUUAUAAAGACACUAACACUGACUAAUCCUCUCUAAGGUCAGCCUGAUGUUAUUUUCAGUGAAGAUGAAGAAUACAAGAAAGUCUCAUUUGAUAAAUUUGCAAAGCUGAAACCUGUCUUUCAGAAAGAAAAUGGUAUGAUCCAUUCCAUAUUAUUAGCAGACUUUAGCCUGCACAAUGUUACUUUGUUUAAUUUAAUUUCUUAACUCUUGAAUCAAUAUAUAAAUUUGCUGAAAUACAAAAGAAUUCUCAUAGCACCACAAAAAUUUAAGUUAGAAGGUAUUACUCACUAAGUCCUCAUGUUGCCAUUCACAAUGCAGCUUGCGUAGGCAGCAAAUACAAGCACUUCUCAUUGCUCCUUUUCCUCUCGUGAAUUUUCCCCAGUUACAAGGAACAAUUAGAGGCAGCUGUAUUUACAGGCUACAGAAUAAGAUUGUAUGUCACUUAAAAGUGAGGCAAUCAAAUUACAUUUUCCUCAGUUUCUCAGGAAAAAUGAUAGUUAAUACUACGAGGGGGUGUAGUGACUUUUCCUUUCUUGUCUGUACUUUCCUGUUUAUUUAGGAGAUAGAUUGGUUCUAGAUUAAGAAUUGUAAAAUUGGGCCCAGUUGUUUGAAGACUGAUUAGCACUAACCUGGGGUUAAAGUUUAAUGCGAGUUUGUUUUUCUUUUGUUCAAAAACAAUUUCCCAGAUAAUUAUUUUUAUCAAAUUGUAGUCAAAAAGGAUAAACUGAAUCUGUAUUUUAAGGUUUCAUAUGUUAAUUCAAUUAUAGUGCAUUCCUUGUGUACAGUUGGCUAUAGAUCUCCACGAGUCAUCUGAUAGGGGGAAUGCUACAUAAUUAUAAUGAAGAGAUGUCCAUACAGAAACGCCUUAAAGCUAUGCUGUUUCUGUAUACAGACCUUUUCAAACAUUUAAGUUUUUAGUUUCUUCAAUAAUUUUGGGAAAUACUAAGGCUAACUGUAUUGGUUUCGUGACGUAAUGUUAGGAUCUGUGACCGCAGCCCAUGAUGCACCUGCCUACACUCAUGUAUUAUGUGUGAGUCUCACGCCUGCGGACUAAACACAUUGAUCUCACGCAUCAAGGACAAUUUCUCACACCUGACUCACAAAUCCACACAAAUUGUUCUUAAACGCAUGAUAAAUUUUAAAAUAGCGAAAAAUCGUUGUCAUUGUCAUAACAUCUUUGGACAUUUUUGGCAGUGUUCAGAAGUCUUCGGAAAACCAUCAGAAAGCUUCGGAAGUCGCUGGGAUGUUUUCGGAAAUCCUGGUCAUGAGAAGGCGAGGAUCUCACGCAUUUGACUCUGUAAAAGUGGGCAGGUAACCAUGGCAGUAGACUGAAUGACGUGGUUGGUUGUGUGAUGCGUGACAUGUUUAAUAUUAUUCAGGAACUGUCACUGCUAGCAAUCUCAGUUGACUGACUGAUGAGGCUGCAGCUCUAGUGUAACAAGACAGGCUGCAGGCAUACAUGUAACUGCUUAAGUAACUAAGCUUGUUAAUAAUUGGUUGUGUGACAUGUGACAUGAUAAUAUUCUUCAGGAACCGUCACUGCCGCCAAUGCCAGUACACUAAACGAUGGGGCCGCUGCCCUAGUGCUUAUGACUAGACAAGCUGCUGACAGAUUAGGAGUGAAGCCACUAGCCUCCAUAAUAGGUAAAUACAAAAGAAGUUGUAAGUGAAAAAUAAUUGUGAUUACCAGUAUUCAGUACAAAAUAAUGAUUGUUGUUGUCAUUUACUCACAGAAAAACUCAAAAAGCCACACAAAUUAAACUAGACCACAGAUGUGAACAAAAGCUUUUUGAAUUUGAAAUGUUUCACUGGUUGUUUGAGGUUUUUAAAAGUUGCAGAUACAGUGUAGCUCACCCAUUCAAAUACUGUACUCACUCAUCAGCUUGAGUUUAUCUUCCUCAGGUUUUGCUGAUGCUUCUGUUGCACCGAUUGAUUUUCCCAUCGCUCCAGCAGCCGCUGUGCCAAAGGUACUCUACUUUAAUCAAAUUUUUUGGACUGCUUGUCAGGGUGGCCGAGUGGUCAGCAGGUUGGACUUGCAAUCCGGCACUGGGGCAGUCCUUGAUUCGAGUCCCACUCUGGCCACUUCUAGAUUUGUUCUCAGUAAUCCCGAGCUCAAAACCUCGGCCACUCUUGUGAAUGGUCAAUUUGUUACCUCCUGCAAGUUGGGGCUUUAAUCCUGUUAUGUUCUAUGUGGAAUUUCAAUAUUUGUUUCUAAUUAUUUGAGUGGAGUGCUAAAGACUAACUGCUAAGCUAAAUGCACUUUCACCUAUAAACAAACACGCAAUCGCCGCACUAUAUACCGAUAGAAGACCCAAUCCACUUCCAAAUUUCUCAUUGAUAAUCGGAACUCAACUCGGAAAUGGCCUACGGUAUUAAAGAAAGUUCUUGGCCAGUUCAGUGCAAAGGCAGUACCUUCAUUACUCACUUAUUUUAAGACCCUGAGUAUUGGUCCAGCCCCGAGAAUCGAACCCGCGAUCUCCCGCUCUGCAGCUAAGCGCUUUGCCGACUGAGGUAAUCCAGCUGCAGGAUUAGCUCAGUCGGUAGAGCGGCUGCAAGUAGUAUGCGAGCAACCUCUCCCCCCUCAGUGGCUACAAGUGUGGAGGGCAUGUUCCCAGGCUUUUCUGAAUGGGACAUUUUCAGUUUUUUUUAAGGCGUCACAAAAAAAUCCUGUUGUAAUCUGAGUGACCCCAUUUUAAUCGUUUUUGCUUUUGCUGUCUUUUUAGUUAUUACAGCAGACUGGGUUGAAGAAAGAAGAUAUUCACAUGUGGGAAAUAAACGAAGCUUUCAGUGCUGUUGUUCUGGCCAACAUCAAGGUUUGACUGUUGUAUUAUUUUUUGGGUUAACACUUGGUUUGCAUAACACAAGCACAGGCAAUUAUGGAUGCUUGUAAAGGCGAUGUUACACGACACGUUCCGAUUUGAGCCUAGCAUUCUUGUGACAUUUCCUUUGAACUUUUUAAUGCUAUGUUCUGCGGUUAACAUGGUUAAUUUACCUCAGAAAGAAGCGGUCGCAGGCGCAGGUUUAUUUUCCCCGAGAUAAAAAACUUUAUCCCAUUGGAAAAAAGCUACGUUUUCCCGCAACUAUUCAUUUAUCAGACCAAUUUUAUCCCGCGAGUCUCGCUGUAUAUUUGUGGGUAGCCGUAAAAAGUGCCGAAAGUUUCGGGAAAAACCUGCUAGCCGGCGAAAUCGUUUUUGCGCGUGUUAGAGUGCCGCCAUUCUCGUGACUUUGCCGCGAAAAGCAAGCGCCGAAGCGCGCGAGAAAAUUCAAAGCCUCUCUUUCCCAUUCUCCACACGGCUUCGGAGCUCCUCGGCCAAAACUUUGCUCGCGCUGCCUAACGAUCUCACCGGCUACGCAGGCUAUUUCGGGAACACGAAUGGUGUUACCUUAUUAUAGGAAAUUAACGCUCCGUGAAAUUAACGCGAAUCGUUAAAAUUCACGUUAAUUUUGUUGAGCGUUAAUUUCCGCGACGUUAAUUAAGUGCAGCGUUAAUUUCCGCGCUCUUAAUUUCCAGUAUUUUAACCCCAAUUUUGGAACCUGUCCAGACAUUCUUGACACCUAAAAAACAUUAACUACAAGCUUGCUUUCUUUCCAUUUACCCUUUAUUUUUCAUCUUUCACAAAAGCUAAGGCGAAGGUUUACAAUAUUUCGAGUUCAUCUUCAUCGUUGUCGCUGUCAGAAGUGAUGUCAAUAUCUUAUCUUUGAUUUCGGCCAAGAUAUGAAAUUCUACCUCCUCUUUCGCGUCAAUUUUCUUUAUUCGAAAGGCGUUUUCCAUUAAAUUCGCGUUAAUUUAAGUCGCGUUAAUUUCCAAUACCUUAAUUUCAUGGAGCGUUAAUUUCCUAUAAUAAGGUAUGAAGUUUCAAAGCCGCUGUAUUCGUACAUCAACCUCUAAAUUUUGGCAAGUCGGUAAAAAUCCUAAAAUAGAUGUGACAUAAACUAUUAAAACAAAUCUUAGCCAUAUAAUAUCUGCAAGAGAGAAUAGCUCAUUUUCUUUUGUAUCUGUCUGUAGUAGUAAAAACCCAUUAGAAAUAAUUGGCUUAUUUGGAUUUCAAAUGAUUAAUUUAAGAUGCUGUUUCGAAUUCUUUGAGAGGAAAUUCCAUUCGUUGAAUUUUCUUGGGAAAACGAAAGCUUAAAACUUCUCAAUUCGCUGGUUUCCUUGAGUUCUUCUUUCACGGUUUUUGUUUCGAGUCUCCCAGGAUGCCGGUUCCCUAACUCAAACCCUUUAGUUGAAAUUAAAACUCUCUCUUCUGUGGUUACAGCUCAUGGAGUUAGAUCCUGGCAAGGUCAAUAUACACGGCGGUGCUGUGUCAAUUGGACAUCCUAUCGGGUGAGUUUGACUGCUUUCUCCCAAAGCUUACAUCCCAGCUCUCUUUCUUUUUCCACUUGGGAAACAAGAGUGUCUUUGAUAAACUACAUCCAGAUCACCUCUCUAUGAAGUAGUUCGAUUGGUCUUAUUCUGAAAUCUGAAUACAAUCUGAUUAUUCCGGACCAGCAUUUUGUCGUAUACAAAUUUGAUGCAACAAUCGCGGAGGGGGAACUCCGGAUUUUAAGUGACGGGGAUGAUCUAGGGAUUUUUGGGGGGGUUGAAAAUUUGGCAAGUAUUCUCAUGGGUGGCUUGAUUUAAGUGGGGAUUUUUGGGGUAUUCGAAACAAUCUGAAGAUUCCUGGUAGUGUCUCCGUAUCCAAGCCGCGUAGUUCUGCAUCCCAUCUAAGGCUCAAAAAUUCGGCAUGGAGUUUUUUUGGGGCAAAUUUUUGGUCAAGAGAAUUUCUAGGGUUUUGUUGGAAGUCCCAAGAAAUUUUUUGGGGGGGUUUUGACUCUUGCCCCCAUUCGAUCAUCCCCAUCACUUGAAAUCCGGAGUAUUCCCCUGGGGCAACAAUCGACAUUGUUGACACGGAAAUAUUGUUUUUAGUAGAAAAUCAAGGGGGAAAUGUAACGGGCGGAAUUUGUCUUACCUGUGUCUUUGGUCAUGCUGUAUGCUCUCCCUUUAUGUGAUCUCUAUAUUAUGUCUUUCGACUCUCCGAAAAAAACCCGUUAAGGUAACGCUGACUGAGAAAUUCACUUGCCGCCCGUGUGAAAACAUGGUGGAGUUUCUUCUCUGAUUCUAGCGGCGAGGAGCGAGGCGGAGAGACGACUGCGUCCCCCAGAGGUAUUAAACUGACCGCCUGUUUUAUUUUCAGGAUGUCUGGUUCGCGGUUAAUUGCCCACAUGACACACAACCUGCCUGAGGGAAGCCUGGGGCUAGCAAGCAUCUGCAAUGGUGGCGGAGGAGCGUCCGCCAUGGUCAUUAAGAGACUAUGACGUCACAACCCCGUGUAUAUUUAUUGACAAGUUGCGCAUGCGAAUUUUAAGCUUAAAAGAAAAGGCAACUUAAAACACCAUUUCCUAGACUCAGGGUCUGUUAGGGGGUCCUGAUCCCGCCGUCCCGUUCCUUUUUAAGAGUCAACCCGCAUCACGAACAUCCGUCAUCUCUAUCCUGAAUACCAUUUUCUUUCGAAAUACGGCAUUUUUUGAUUGAGUGGGAUGUAUAUAAAAAAAAAUAUUCAGGGCACGACUUCCAGUGACGAGGACUUGAAAUAGUCGCGUCUCUCGAAUAAUCGCCCCCUUUUUUUGUGCGGAAAAAAUAAUAAUCGCCCCCGGCUGUCGGCGGUGCACGGAAAAUUGUCAGAAUUUGGAGAAAUAGAACGGACUGGUAAAACCAGUUCAAGCACAGAAAAAGGAAGUCCAAUAAAGGUC